CCAUCUUCAAAAUGAUACCCCUUGCGGCUGGCUCAAGCAUCACCCCAAUUCGUCUCGCCAAUCUAAUUUAGUAUAAUUCGGAACCUUUGUCUCUUCAUUAACCUUGAAGGAAGAUAGGCGACAUGGACCGUCGCCUGUAUUCUACGCGGUGCAGAAACACGGCUUGCGAGAAUUGCAGACAACGCAAGAAACGAUGUGAUACCGCGAAGCCGGAGUGUCGGCGAUGCUUGCGAUCAGGGGCUAGAUGUGCUUAUCCCUUGCUCUCCCUGAAGCCCGGCCCAAAGAAACAAUUGAGAAAUGGUAGACCAUCCAAUAGACCGGGAUUGCUGCAGCGUCCGGCCACAGGUCUGCAAGACAGCAGCCAGACGAACGGCGCACAAAUAGAAUCUGCCCGUGGACACCCUGCGUCUCAACCGGUGCAAUGCCAGAACUCUUUGUUUUGGCUACCUCCGCAGGACUGUGAACCUGAGGAUGAUAGUUGUGAGCCUGCUUCCGUACAGCUGGAUCUGCUAAACACGGGUCUUAACAGUGCUGGUGAUGUCCAGUCGUCUGGGUCUCAGGAAGGAUCAAUGCUUCCGCCGUAUGGAAUUAUCGUCCAUUUAGUGGAAGUAUUUUUCGAAUCAGUGCAGCCCCAAUUUCAUUUGCUCCAUCGUCCAUGUUUCCUCCAGCGGCUCCACAGUCGCGCUUUAAUGGCAGAAAAGCAUUCAGCCCUUCUCUUGAAUGCGAUGUUCGCUCUUGCAUCAAGGUAUACAGAUGACCCCCGAGUGCAUGCCUUUGAUCUCUCUUUGCUUGAUGGUUCACAGGAGUCGGGACCUUCUUCUAGACCCCAUUUAAGACGGUUGGAGCGCUGGGAGUACGGAAAGGGAUUUAUACGGCGUGCAAGCAGGAUCUUCUAUGAUGAGCUCAUGGAAGCUGAAAACCUUGAGCUUGAAAAUGGUACAACGGGGGAAAUGUCUUUAUUAAUGAUUCAAGGAGCUACUUUGCUGAGUUAUGCGAAGCUGGCAAUGGGGGCAUUGACUCAGGCCCACUCAAUGGUAUCAGCAUGCGUUCGGAUGGCAUAUGAUGCCGGACUGGACCGAAUCGAUCACCCAGAACAUAGAAAGUUCUUGCACGUUUACUCGCCCUGCCAACCCCAGGAAUCCGAAUUAGUCAAGCGCGAGGGGCUACGCCAUGUCUGGUGGUGUAUUUGGGAGCUCGAUAGCUUUUUGAGCAAUGCUAAAUGCCAACCGUGGAUAAUCAACAUUGCCCGGUGUCAAACAAAACUUCCAGUGGACGAUGACGACUGGUUUGAGGGGAACGAGGUUGGUUCUUCUUUCCUAGCAAGCAGCCUUGACAAAUGGCGCGAAUUGGAGGACUCGUGGCAAUGCACCUCGUUCCUCGGAAAUCGCAUUGUUUCCCUUUACUUCUUGAUGACCUUGAUCGACGCGACCAGUGGCGAGAAACCACCCAACUCCCGUUUCUACCGGGAAGUUGAACAAUGCAUCGCGAUAUGGCGCAAGAAGUUGCCAGCUAAGCUAAAAUUCGAGCCACGCUCUCAACGCGUUAGCCAGAGUCCUCAUCUCUUCGCUGAAAUAUUUUCGACGUAUAUAACCAUUGAGCAAAUCAACAUUUUGAUCGCAAGAGCCCAAAUGUUUACAAACGUCGACACGCUAUCUAUAUCAGACCAGUGCCAUAGCUAUAGGAUGAGAUUGUUGAACCCCGUUGACGACUCGACAAUACCUCCAGCAUCACAAAAGUGCAUUGAAGCAUUCCUCGCCUCUGACGUUAUCUGCGAUAUUGUGAAAGCCUGGCCUGGAUACUUAAUCAGCCGCUGUUGUCCCUUUAUCAUCUUGGGAUUCUGGACUCCCGCCUGCCUACAACUCCUAGUAAAGGCUUUUGCCAACUCGGCUUGGGAUCUGCGCGAAAAGGCAUUACAGUCCUUUCAAACACUCAUGUUUGUCAUGGAACAGAUUGCCGAGUAUUGGGGCCUUGGACGAAUAAUCCUUUCAUCAUUUCGCAACUAUGCCGAGAAGCUGGAUCAUUCACAAUCUAGCAUCGGUGCUUUCGAUGUUGGCAAGGAGAUUACCCUUACAAGACAGCUGCUCUCACUGCCAGACUACAUCAACGAUGCAAUUUCCAGUACUAUGGAAGGUAGUACUCUUGAUCACAGGCAGCUUUUUUGGACUGGUGACCAACUCGAACAAGUAAUGGAUGAGACGGAGAUACCUCCCGCAAAUCCUCUGGAUGCAGCCUCCCACGAAAUAUUGAUAGACGACCUCAAUUCAGUCCCGCUGUUCUGUCCUACGGCGCCGAUUGACGAUUGGAUCAAUGCUACAUUCGAAGGGGUCUUUGAAACAGAUCAGGGUCCGUUUUGGGCCUGUUAGUCACACUACUGAACUGUGGAUUUAAGGGUGUAUGACGAGAGCGAUUGGAUGCCAAUCAAGUAUGUUUAACCAUAUUGCAACAAAUGUAUUAGGUAUUAUACAAGGGAGUAAAGUCCUCAGUCGUGGGAGAGAGGUGCAGGGACUCCAGGAACCAAAAUAUCGGUACCAUGUAUUCUGAUGUAGCCUGGUGGUUAGAAGCGAACCCUCUGAUGAGAAGAGAAGGUUCGAUGCGGAGGUACCACGCCAACUAAUUUGCAGAAAUUGACUAUAUGAGGCUCAGAUAUUAGAAUAACCCCUGCAUGGGAGGGCGUUCUCAUGUCCGGCAUAAUGACGGGAAAUAAUAUCAAACAGUAUAGUCCUCAGCGGUAAACAAGAAACAAGGCGGCUUUGUCGA